UAUCCGCGCGCACCCCAACAUUGUGCUUGUCGCCGGCGCUGGGUUUGGCGACGCCAACGACGCAGCUCCGUACAUCUCGGGCGCUUGGGCGUCGGGUGCAGUGGCGGCAGCAGUAGCCAGGCUGCCAUGCCUUUUGACGGGAUUAUGCUGCGCUCGCGUGUGAUGGCAGCUAAGAGUCGCCCGUAGACCAGAGGUCAAACAACUAAUCGCUCAGAUGCCAGGCAUCUCUGCGUAUGACAUCGAGCUGCUCCACACAGCGGAUCCCUCGGCUGGCGUUGUUUCGGUUCUGGACGAUAAGGGGCUCCCCAUGCACGUACUGGCUACUCGUGCGGCGUUGCUGUGCCGUGACCUCAGCGAUACAGUGUUUGGGCAGCCUCGCGAGAAGCAGCUGGCGUUGCUGCAGGCACGCAAACAAGAGAUUGUCGAGCGGCUCAACGCGGACUACAUGCGGCCGUGGUUCGGCAAAAAGUCCGCCAAUGACACCACGGCUGGUUCUGCAGUUGUCGAGCUGCAGGACAUGACAUACGCCGAGGUGCUGGACCGGCUGGUGGAGCUCAUGUAUGUCAAGCGACAGAAGCGCUGGGCCGACCCCAGCCUGCACGCGCUUGUGGCCAAGUUUGCCUUCCGCACGGCAAUGCGGCUUCAAGCAAGUGAGGUGGAGCUGAGUGAGCCCGUUGCUCUGUCCGCUGACUACGAACUUGUGCUGGACGAAAUUGCAAGCUACAAGCAGGAGUACCCACGGAUGUUUACUCAGCUGCUGGCGUCCGAAGACGUGCACUACUUUGUCAACCUGUGCACUCACGCCGAGCAGACAGUCCCGGUGCCGUUUGUGCCGGUGAUGGACGAGCGGUUUGCUUGGUACAUGAUGCGCGACUGCUUGACGCAGUGCAGCGAGAUGGACGCAGUGCUGGAUCGCGAUGUACAGCGCGUGCUGGUGCCGCACAGCCCCAUUGCCGUGGCGUACACCAAGACUGCCAACCAACCGGUCGGCGAGAUUCUCAACGGAAUUUACGAGGCAACGGUUGAGCAGCUUCUCCGGGACCAGAACCAAGACAAGCUGGUUUCCAACGCCGGCAAGGCUGCCACUGGGCCGGCGGCGGAUUACAAGGGCAUUACUGUGCUCAGCGAAGCGGCCGAUGACGGCACGACCGUGCGCCUGGUGCGGCUGGUGGCAGAAAGCAUGGAUAAUGGUAGCAACGGCGAUUCGGCGGACCAGGCUGCGUGGGCAGAUGCGCUUACGGGGGGCAGUGCGUGCUGGCUUUCUGCGCUGCUGGCGGCGCCAAGCAUGUGCAGGGCGCCAAGCUGGCGGCAAACUACGCGGCGCGCCUUUUGCAGGCGCGUGUGGGGCGCCAAGCGCGCGUCGUUGUAUGUGCAGAAUCCGGCAUUCCUGUGUCGCUGGAGCUCAGCGGAGCAACACAGACGACCCAGUCGAGCUUAGCGCAUCGUACAGUAUUGCGAGAGGACCGUCGACAUGGGAAUUUUCCACGGUGGCCGGCGCCUGGACCUGGCGUUCCGGUUCAGCCCGGCGACGCCCUGGGCACCGAUUCACGAGGCCAUGGCGCAGCGCACCCGCAGUACCCGCCGCCUCUUUUCUGACGAGUCCAGCGGGGAAAACUCACGCUUUGAAAUCACGGCCGCGAGUGUGGGCGCGUUCUGCCGCGCCAACGGCAUUGACCUGGCAGCGUACCCACCAAACUCGGACGAUGCCAUGCACGUGCCCUUAGACUACCUGUC